GUCCAAUAGCGGGAGCUUUGAGCUACAAAUGGAGUAUUCGAACUAUCACUUUUGCAGGAGUACUACUAGUCACAACCACAAAUAUCAUCUGCUGGUUUGCCAAAGACAUCACCAUCAUAACAUUUUUCUUAGGAGGACUGCAAGGAUUCGGUGUUGGUAUGGCAGUCACCUUAGUGCCAGUCAUGAUAAAUCAGUAUUUCGUAAAGUACAAGAGUACAGGUGCGGGUAUAGCGUGUGCAGGAGCGACGGCUGGAUCAUUCGCUUUACCGCCCAUUGUGGAAUUUGCGAUCGAAGAGUACGGACUUGGCGGUUCAUUCCUCAUGAUGGCUGGCAUCACUCUGCAUGGAAUCCUGGGAGCAUCACUCAUGAGGCCUGCUCAAUGGAUCCCCAAAAUGGCUUCUCUAGAUGGUCAAAAUAACAACAAAUACACAGCAGGAGACCAGAAUCUGAAUUUUCUAACGAAAUCGGAAGAAGUAGAAAAUCUGCUGAACGAAAAUCCUUCCUCAAAGAAUAAAACAGUCUCUACAAUUCACCACAAUGGAAAUGAUGACGACGAAGAUAAUUCUCUACUGCCUAACUCAAAAAUAUCAGCCAUUAUAGCCACAAAAAGCAAUCAUCUGAAACAAAAUGGUAUCAACGGGGUUUCUAUUAAGAAAAAGAGACACUGUGAAUCCCAGGUAACAGUAGAUGAACCUCACGGAACACUCCAAUUGAUUGAAGAUCCACAAAAACCGAUCUACGUGGGGCAAGAUGACAAUCGGUUGAAAGCACCAAGAGGAGGACUUUUUGGUGAGGUUACUGAGAGGUCGAGCCUCUUCAGAAAAGUUCGGAACGAACCUUCUGUACCAGGAGCAUGUCUGCAGAAAGGACUGCACUUGCUUUACAGUCCUGGGUUCAGGUUCUCGGACAAUGAGAGAAGUGAUGUCUGUUGGAAGGGUUCCAAUCAAAAUUCCAUUACAGGAGACCAGAAUCUGAAUUUUCUAACGAAAUCGGAAGAAGUAGAAAAUCUGCUGAACGAAAAUCCUUCCUCAAAGAAUAAAACAGUCUCUACAAUUCACCACAAUGGAAAUGAUGACGACGAAGAUAAUUCUCUACUGCCUAACUCAAAAAUGUCAGCCAUUAUAGCCACAAAAAGCAAUCAUCUGAAACAAAAUGGUAUCAAUGGGGUUUCUAUUAAGAAAAAGAGACACUAUGAAUCCCAGGUAACAGUAGAUGAACCUCACGGAACACUCCAAUUGAUUGAAGAUCCACAAAAACCGAUCUACGUGGUGCAAGAUGACAAUCGGUUGAAAGGCAUGAUGGAACCCAUCAAAGCUGCCUGCGAAAUCAUCAAGAAUCCAAUGUUCCUGAUUAUUGCUAGCAACUAUUCCAUUUUUUUCCUCUCCUAUAUGACUUACUUGAUUGUUAUAGUGGAUUAUUCUCUAGAUUUGGGUAUAGACAGGACAGACUGUGUCUUUCUCGUAUCUACCUUCUCAAUAGCUGAUCUUAUAGGCCGAGUGGGAUCUGGUUGGAUCACAGACAGUGGCAUUAUGAAGCGGAAACAUCUUAUGAUGGGAAAUAUGAUUUUGGUGGGCGGACUGUUGGCAGCCACUUCAUUCACCACCACAUACAUAGCUGUCACUGCCAUAUCAGUGUGUACUGGACUCGUGGUGGGGAUCAAUCUCAUUCUCUUUUAUGCCCUCUUAGAAGAAUAUUUGGGAAUACGGCAGCUGCCCAUGGCCAUCGGGCUUAUGAAUUUUUCGAUUGGUGUGAUUUCAUUAGUGACACCCUUGCUUACAGGUUAUUUCCGAGACACAAUGGGCAGUUAUGAUCAUCUAUUUCAUCUCCUGGGUGGCGCAUCCAUCUUCUGCGGAUUGCUUUGGAUUCUUGAGCCCCUUUCUUCAAGAUGUAACCUCAUCUCAUCCACAAACUUAAAAGUUGCAACAAGGGUACAUCACGAGGAUUGCAUAGACCGAAAACAUUAGGAAAAAGUGGUUACAGAGAUCUGAAAGGACAUUUUAUAUAAGGUGAGGACGAUUCCCGAAUUUCAGUAGUUGUCAAAAUGCUUGAGGACUCCAAUUUCUCCAAAAUCAUCUUAAAAACGCGGAAAUUUUUUUAAACAAGAUCAUCUCCUCUUACAGAGAAUAGAAACAAAAAGCAAAAAAUUAAAAAAAAGCACCUGGCUCAAACUGAAGAAAAGUAACAAACUCGUUUGAAAAUAAUUUCUGUUUCGUCGAAUAUAAUUUCAAUAACUGUGUACUCAUUCAUUUUACACGUGUUAAAAAUGCAGAAUGGCGUAAAAUAUCUCAUAACUGCUUGAUAAUGAAAUCAAGUUUGACAAAGAUGGUUCUUAGUUACUAUUAGUUAUAAAUUUACAAAAGAAUAAUAAUAAUAAUCUUUUCUGCACCUAAAUAUAUGGAUGUCCUCAAAUGGUUCGAUGCCAUGCAACCGAUAGUUUGAUUGCCACAGCACAAUACUAACAAGAACUAUUGAUACUUGUAAGCUUUGAGAGAAGAAAUCAAGGAGCAAUGAAACACUAAAUGAUGUGCCCUACACAAACUGUGAACAUCCACAUCGAUAUAAGUAAUCGUGCCUUGCCAAGAUAUUUUGGCGAUUGCUGCAGCUUUCCUAUUUCACUUUGAACCUCUAAGUCAUGUAUGCAACAUUUCUAGGAGAAUCAUUACCAACCCAAUUGCAUUAUCAGACUUCGUGAUUUGAAAAUCAAAGGGCUUUCAAUGCUGCGUGUCAGCAUGGAUCUUUACACAAUGUGAUAUAUGAGAUUUUGUGCAUUUUAAGUGAUAUCAUUUUUUAUAAAUUUUAAUUGAAUUAUUUUCUGCUUUUAUGUAUUUAUGAAGAAAUAAAAUAAUAUUUUGA